UCUCACUCUCUUUAACACAAAAAUGGGUCAGGGCAAUCCCGGCGGAACCAACCACCAAGAGGGUUUUCGCGGUGGCCGGAAGCACGAUGACCCCAACAGGGACAAGAAAUUUGAACCAGCGGCGCCUCCGUCGCGCGUCGGCCGCAAGCAGAGAAAACAGAAGGAUCCCAACGCCGCCGCCCGCCUCCCGACGGUCACCCCUCACACCAAGUGCAAGCUUCGGCUUCUGAAGCUCGAGCGAGUCAAGGACCACUUGCUCAUGGAGGAAGAGAAGAAUGAAGAAGAUAGAUCUAAGGUCGAUGACCUUCGUGGCUCGCCGAUGAGUGUCGGGAAUCAUGCGAUUGUGUCGUCGUCUGUUGGUCCGGAGUACUAUGUGGGGAUCUUGUCGUUUGUCGAUAAACACCAGUUGGAGCCUGGAUGUGCCAUUCUUAUGCACAACAAGGUUACUAGGCUAUUGUUUUCUUCUCGUUCAUGUGCUAUUACUAUGUUCAAACAUCAAUUUCUCAAGGAAGGCAAUCCCAAUUCAAGCCAGGGUUUAAACAUCAAUUGAUCCUAUGUAUGUAUAUAUAUAGAGAGAUAAAAACAGAGUCACAGAGCAUUUCAAUGAAAGAAGAAUCAUAGGCAGCAGCACACGCGCGCACACACAUA